AUGGACUGGGUCGAAUCUGGCUUAGAGUUUUUUGGUUGCGAUGAGAAUGCGCCAAAGAAGGUCUUUGGGGGCACUGAUAAUGCGCUUAGAAUACCGCUAGAACCACAUAGAGAGUCAGACCCUCAGUACUUGGACUAUUCAAAGCUGCACGAUGAGCUGCUGGAGUCUCUCAUGGCAGACGCAACCAAGAGAGCCAAUGAUCCCAAGGGAUCGACAGAUCUAGAUUCCAGCAAUUCCAGUUUCAGCUUUACCCACUCUUCUUCGCUACAUCUCAACCAUUCUACAUCCUCCACGGUCAACUCUUCCUUUGAAUCAUCAGCAUUCCUCGAUGAAGAAACUCCUGAGUCUUCAGGGAAGCAAUAUCAGAACAAGCGAGGACACAAACGACCCCGUGGUCUCAAACUACAUCGGCGUGUCAUGCCAACUAUCACAAACAAGCCUUUUAGCAACGAAGAAAAGACUAUGAAGCGACGACUCAGCUACAACUCGUCCUUCAGCAGUAAGUCUACGGUCACCACCACUACCAGCAAAACAACCGACACCAAGACCAACCAAGGCGAUGAUAGUGAUGCGGUGCGAAUUUCGUUGGCUGAUCUUCAGGAUGCACAGCUGCCCUCUCCUGCGUCCUUUAUUCACCCUCAAUGUCGUCUCCAGAAGGAUAAGGGCAAGGGAGAACCCGCAGGGGCCAACAUUUGCGCCAAGGGUCGAGACCAUUGUCUUCUCAAACUGAAAGAUAAAAUGUCCUUGCUCACACGGGUUGCCCUGGGAGAAGACGCCAAACACAGGGGAAAGGCUGACAUGAAACGAAGGCCUGCUCGGAUUGCUGAAAUCUUUCCUAACUUUACUGAGACUCGGUCCAUCAUCGAGUUGAAGAUGGGGUUCCUCUCGAUGCAAUAUGGCAUCUUGCUCCGAUGGGACACAACAAGGACUGGGAAAGUUACCUUGGUGGUUCUACGGAAGAUGUGCCACGAGUCUUUUUAUACUAAAUGCAAAGCUCUCCAAAGGGUUUUGCCUCCUCCACGUCCGCGCAAGAUGGUUCAAGCGGCAGCGGAACUGCCCAUUUAUGCCGUUCGUAAUGUUGUGGACAAUCAUGCCAUACUCCAGCGACCGGACGGAAUGGAAGUAGCUCUGUUGGAACCACCGUAUCGAGUGGAUCGACCGGUGGCUUUCGCUCCGACAUUGCUUACCAUUGCUGUGCUGUAUGCUUCUGGCCUGAGCCAAACAUCCAACUGGACCGUCCAGCUUUGCUUUGCAAACAAAACGGAAAACAUCCUUCUUACUUGGGACGAAGGUCACAGAACCUUCACUCCCAAACUUGGCGAAAAGCUGAAACAUGAAAUACCUCCAAGCGGUUCUCUCGACUUGCCAUCUCUGGAGAUUCGGUUGUUUGAGCACCGGCAACGAAGAGGCAAGUCUCGAAGAUGUGUCUCGCACAUGCACGUCCCUCUCAUGGGGUUGGAGGCCCAGCCUAACGGCAAAGGGGCUAGUCCAAAAGACAUGAAGAUUGUUUCGUCGCAUGACCCAGAUGCUUGCGUCACAUUAUCGGUUAUGCUGCAAUCGGAUUAUGCGCACUGGUUGCGACGAGAGCUCGAUGCUCGACGUCGCGAAGAAGUCGCAGCUUUUGUCUGGAAGUCACCGUUUCGAGUGGUGGACUUGUAUGAUGAUAGUCCGCUGCCAGGUGAUGAAGAAGACGAAAGCAUGUGGGAGUGGAUUUGUGGUAUUUGCUAG